CCAAUUUAACAACUGUAUUUUAUUAUUGAAAUGUUCGGUGGUGGGAAAAACAAGUCUACAUUAGAAACACUACCAUAAAACAGUUGUGGAAAUAUGUAUUUUCUACAAACGUGUAAAAUCAAAUAAUGUUUUUGAUAUUCUGCCAUACAACAUAGCUCAUACCAUACACGAGGGGGAUAGAUGACUGAGUUUAAUUUAACAGUUUGGUAUACAUUUAAAAAUGUUAUAUGUACAUAACUGACCUAAACGAAUGCAUUUAAAUACUGAGGAUCGUAAAAAUGUAUGAUGAAAUGGAUUGCGAUACAAUCAAUAUUGAUAUUAUUUUUCUCAUGGCCUACUACGAUGCGUAAUGUCGCGUGAAGUGUUUAUUUUCAAAAUAUGCCCAACUCGUGUCAUAAUCUUGCACAGAUUGGAACAUAUCAAACUGUGAGUACUCAGUUUAAGACUGCAGGCGUUAUAGAUUUCAAAGCGGAAAGCUGUUCAAUUUAUCAAGUAAGUGAACUUUUGCUAGCUAUCGUAGCUGAGGGUAGGGAUUAUUCUGUAUUAAACCUUUUUUAGUUAAAGCUAAAUCGAAAAAUCCACAUAGGCUACUGACAAAUGCAACAACAAAAAAAUACAGAAAAAUACAUGCUUAUGAUUGUCAAUUCAAAUUAUGUGACAUUGCUUUCCAUCGUACAGUAUAUUAAUUAUGUACAGCAACUCAUCGGAACAAUUCACCUCUGAGAAUGGCCGAGAUAAAGAAUGGUAUCUACAAAGGCUGCAUGUUUAAUAUAACCACAACAAAAUGUUGUCAUUUUAAGAUACCAUCCAUAGCACGGUUUGUAUUUUAUAUACUUUCAGUGGAUAUGCGUUUUAUAAAACACUCCUGAUGCUGAAUACCUCUCAAGGAAAAGGCAUGGAAUUGCAGAAAGCAUCGAGGAGAAUACAAAGCCAACAAUGGAUAACGCUUGGCAGAAAGUUAGAAAUAGUUCAGACGCUAACAGAGAAGCCAUCAACCCGUUUGUGCUUCCAAGGGAUUAUGAGAUUUUCAGAAAGAGGGAAACCGACUCUGUAAUCAAACAACAAGAAAACAUGUUCUUCAAUAGCCUGCCGGCUGAGAGGAAGAGCACCUACCUGUCCCGUCUCUGGUGUCGCUCCGCCCCCUUGAGGAGGGCAGUUGAGGACGACAUCCUGGAGACAGGAAAAUGCAAACGGAACAAAACCACAUCGGCCAGCGUGGUCAAAAAAGGUUGCAUUCCAAAGAGGGAGAAUAUCAGGACCUAUGUGGCUAAACACCAAGAAAUGUUUAUGCUGCAGUACUCCCUGGCAGUGAAGCGAGACACCAUGAAGAAGCUGGAGAAGGACACAGUGACAGAGCUUCAGAAGAUCAACAAGGCUGAGGAACAUCUGAAAAGGGACUCGGUCACCUUUGAGAAAUUCAUCAAGGAAAAUGACCAGAGCUCAGCAGAAGCUGUCAAAUUGGCAGAGAUGGAGACUAUGAAGAAACUUGAGAAAACCGCAGAAAUUAAAAAAGUAACAGCAGAAAUCAUGGCAAUGAAAAGUGAAAUGUCGAAGUAUCAAGAAAUCCUCAAAGACUCCCAGACAUUCAGAACGUUUUUGACGGCCGUUGCACCUGUUGAGUGGCGCGAGGAACAGAUUCGCAAGAAAGAGGAGAGGAAAGCCUCGAAACAAAAUAAAGAUGAAAAUCUUUUUUGUGUUCCUUCCUCAACCAAAGUUAUAAGAGAGGAACACAAAAAAUAUCCAGCCACUGAAAGAUGCAACUCGAGAGUCACUAAACAUCCACAGAUAAGACUUCAAAGCAAAAGUAAAACUGCAAUUAGUUCAGGACAUUUCCGUGUGGACUCCUACAGUGGGAAAGCAAACGGCGUCCUUAACUAUCUGGAAAAACAGUUGACCAACCAUGAUGUGGCGAAUUCAGCGGAGGCGUCCGACAGCGACCACGAGCCAGAGUUGUGUUUUUCAAGCCCACAGGAUCUGGUGAACCUUCUGACUGGACUGGAGGAACAGAAUCUGCGCUACAUCCAGAACUUCCAGGAGACGGAGGAGGCCAUGGAUGAGAUCUGCAAAACUGUCAAGCUUACUCAAGACAAAAUGAACAGAGAGACCCAGCACCUGGCUCAGCAGAUUGACAUUCUGAAAAACACCAUCCUCAGGGAAGAGGAGAAGAUCUCAGAACUGGAGCUCAAGUCCAGGAUUUUCUCCUACGGAGAGUACAGAGCAGAUAAACAGGAUACAAUGCUCAGCGUGUUACACAAGAAGGUCAAAGAGGUCUACAAGGCGUGUGUAAAUGAGGUGGACUCCUACACUAGCACUCUUCACAUGCUGGCCGGGAUAGAGAAAAAGAUGGAGGAGAUUACAGACCGACUAGAGUUUCUACCCCCUGGAAAGGUUGACGCCAUCCGCAGCCAAAGGGAGAAGGAGAUUAGGCUCAAGAUUCGUGAGGAGAACAUGCUGCUGACGAAACGCAACCAGGAGGAGAGGGUGAGACAGGCUCUGGAGAGGGCAACCUCCGACAGCAAGAGACAGACUGGCAGAAAGCUGAUGCCACGAUCAAUGCCGUCUGAAAUCAGGAAAGAGGACAAGAUGCAUAUUUUGACCACUAGAGCGCAGGAGGACGCCUUGCACUUCUUUGCCUGAUUAUAACCUGUAUGCAUUCAUAGAAAUUCAGUGAUAAUUAAAUGUUUUCACCUUUAUUUUGGUUAGCUUAAGUCA